AUGGUUCAGCCAAGAGCUUCUCUCGCACCACCAAUCUCCUCCUUCCUACCCAACGACAUCUUCUACGACUCUGCGAGUGAUGACAGUGACAGUGACGUGGAAGAGUUAUUUGAUGCCGGGGACUUGGUUACAGUCGAAGAAGAUCUUCUGCUCGUGAAGCUUCGCUGUUUUCAUCCCAAACUCGACGUAUCAGGUCUCUCAUCUGCAUUCCAGCGAGAGUUUAAUAUCCAGAGAGACCCCCAAGAGCUUGAAGCACGACUAGAAAAACUGCAGACUCCAGAAUUCCGAGCCUUGUUUAUAUUAUACCUGAAAUCUUUGACUAUUUCAAAAGAAUCGUCCAAUUCGGGAUGUGGUAUUCUACCCGAGUAUCAGUCACUACUGGAAAGCACACGCAGCUUAUGCGAGACCCAACUCUUCCAAAUGAUGUACGAUCUGGACAAGUACCAACACAAAGCUUCCGAGAAGCUGGUAGUCGAGGUGUCAGGUAGAAAUUUUCCUAAAUACACCCGCACAGUUUCUAAAACGGAACUUCGUCGCUGCUGCAAGGCGGUCGACGAUUUAUUCCGUCGCCAAGUGGAGGGGGAAACGACGGCUCCAAACCAGGCUUUCACUCUGUAUGCCGCCCAGACUCUGAACGAAAAACUACUGAUCACAGACACUGUACCUCGUUACGACUCCUGCGCUGUGUUUAACCACUUUGAACAGACAAUUUUUGAUCGGCUUGUUCUGUUUGCUAAGGACCCUACAGUUGUCGAGCGCUUGGCACUACAGAGACAGCAACAAGUGGAAGCGAACCGCAUCAAACAGCAACUCUCUCUUCAACUGCGAGCCAUCUUUGAGACGCUGCGAGUGAAACAAGCCGAGAAACUCGAGCUAAUGCAGGUGCACGAAUUCGAGACGAUAAAAACGCAAUUGGAGAAGAAUCUCGAGGCCGAUCUUCAACAUAUUCGUCAAAUGCAUGCAGCACUUCUCAGCCACGAGCGAGCCAAAAUUCACGCGAGAUACGAAGAGCAAAAGUCGGUUUUAAACGAGAAAGUCAAGUGUAUGCAGCGCGAUGUGAUGGCGCUGCAAAAGAAAUGUGACAGUAGCAGCUGGCACGGGCUUGAGCGUAUGAUCAUGAAUACUUCACUGCAGGUGGAGAGGAUCUUCGGGUCUAGCGAAUAUCUGCUUCGGCUACUCAUUCUAGCGGAAGAUAUCGAGGCGGAUUCAUUGCGUCGUGCACUAGUGAAGUACAUCAGUGAGCAAGACAAACUCCCGCAGUUUGUGCUUCGACGAGAACUUACCAGUAAGAUGGUCGCAGAGACGACAGUGCUAGCGAUCCUCAAAGAGUCGACGACUAAAGAUCUACUUGAGGUGGCGAGCUACGGCGCGAGUUUUCUCCACCAUGAUCUGGUAUCUCGUGAACUUCAUACUAGAAAAAUUGAGUUCGGGAGGUUCUUGGCUGGUCUCACUAACGAUCGGCUUCGAGCUGCGAGAAGAUACACUGAAGACGCGGUGAUACUUGACGAAGAGUUCGAUCGCUUCGCUUCUGCGCUGGAAGAUUUUCCUGAGAUUCUGUCGCAGGAAUUCACUCGAAGACGCGAGUUCUCAAGUGUGAAAAUGGACAGUACUGACAUUGAACAAUACGUGAGCUUCGCUGCUGAAGACUGCGUGUUGCAACUGGAGGCUUCACAUCGGUACUGCACGGUGCAUGCCACCAAGGAAAAAAGACAAGGAGAGUCUGGGAAAUGGAUGUUUGAGGUGACUAUCGAUGUUUUCGGUGGAGAUGGGGAAAAAGUUGACUCGAGCUCGAUGGUGCCGGGAAUUUCGCCUAGUGACGACGGACGAAGUUUCGGAGUGACAUGGCAGUCGGACGGCGGUCUGGACAUGGGAAUGCUUCACGCUAAUGGCGUUUCUAAGUCAGGAGUGCCAAGCUUCCGAGCUGGAGACGUUAUCGGCUGUACUAUUGACCAGGACGUGGCUGUGCCUCAAUUGCGCUUUUAUCUCAAUGGAGACCUCACGUUACCACUGCGUCGAACACCAAACAAUGGCGGAGCUGUAGGAUCGCUGGCGUCUGAUACUUCCGGUAUUCCUAGCAGCUUCGGGAUUGCUGUGACGAAUCCAGCAUAUCGAUUGGCUCCUGUGGUUUCCAUGUACUCGUCGAGCAAGAAACCCCAAAUGCGAGUUACGUUUAACUUUCGAGGUGACUUCAAGUUCCCAAUUGUAGGUUUUGAUCCGUUUGGUGCUCUACUUUAA